AUGUCUCGCCUUGGAGACGGACCUACUGGAGCCAGCGCCUUGAAGCUUCGCUGGGGAAAAUACAGUAUCGCCUACCAGAGGCGGCUGUUGGAAGGAGGCAGAUCUUUGCGAGAGUUUUUUGACAGAAAGGAGUUGGACUGGAAUCUGGUCCAACGUGGAAAGGCACGAGUUGUAGACGAAAUUCUGGAACAGUUUGUACGAGAGAAGCACGCCGAUGAUCGGCGAUCUAGCUUGAGGGUUGCCAAGCAUGGCAUACUGUGGGUGCAGGUCAUUAGACCAAGACUUCGUCACUCUUUGCCUGGAGAGUUAUUAGCCCUGAGAGCUGCUGACGCAACCUUGCCUAACUCUUUGGCAGUCGGAUGUUCAUUUGCUGUGAUCAGACUGGUGCGGCCAAAGAACGCCAGACAAAUGGGACGGCUACAGUUCACUGAGUUACGACACCCAGACGCUGUAAACUGGCUCUGCUGGCUGAAGAUGAGAGCUCCACAGGAACAUGCAGUUCGUUGGCCUGGCACAGCUGCAAAAUUUAGACACAUGUUUAAGACCGUCUGCAGUGCUAUGAAAAUCAGAGAGCUGCGACUGUCACCAGCGUCGCUGCGUGCUGGUGGAGCAACCUUGCUUGUGGACCAGGGGAUGGAAAUCAAUAGGGUCAGACUUCUAGGACGUUGGGCACACCUCAGGUCUUUAGAACACUACGUGCAGAUAGCGCGUGCAGAACAAAUAGCACUUUCAAUACCAUCAGUUGUCGCCCGUCAGUUGAAGAGCUUCUUGUGCCGUUUCAGUUUUCUCCUCGUGCUCCCGAAGUUCCUUGCUGCUCAAGUGGCCCUGGAGCAUUUGGUACAUGCCCCAGUCUGCAAAUCGAAAGACCCGAACAUGCCGUCGCAGUCAUUAGAGCAUGGGGAAGAAAUCGAACGGCAGUUCAAGAAGGCAGUGGUGGCGGGUGGUCCUUUGAAGGGAGCUAGGUUCUUGGACGUUGGAUGGGAAGAUUUGAAGAAGGCUGCCCGUAGUUAUAGGAUUCGCUGCUUAGAUUUGUGGGUGCCAGGAUGUACUGUGGACACGAUUGCAGAGAUUCGGAAGGAGCGUCGUUUGCGAGAAAUUCGGAAGUUUCGCACUCUGGACGGAGGCAGAAGUAUCAACGUAGGCAGUGUUGUGGAUGGGGUGCCCUUUGAGACGUGGUCAUGGGCUGAAGAAGCGAAGACUUUAGCAGAAAAUCCGGACCACCAACGUCAAGAGCAAGUUGCGAAACCCUCAAAAGGCGGUGGCAAAGGUAAAGGCAAAGAUGGCAAAGAUGGCAAAGGAAAAAGCAAAGAUGGCAAAGGAAAAAGAAAAGAUGGCGAAGGAAAAGGCAAAGGCGGCAAAGAUAGAGGGAAAGAAAGCGCUGAAUGGUCUGAGCCAGCACCAAAGGGGAAGAAGGGCUAUGGCUACAAAGGAGGCGAGGCACACGGCUCGAGCUACAAAGGUUGGGCGCAAUGGCCCUGGCAGGAACCGUGGGCCUAUAUGGACAACUAUUGGGACUAUGGUUCCCCGUAUGAUUACUCUGACUAUGGCGACUAUGGGUAUCAGAAAGGAAAGUCCCACGGAAGCCGAAAAGGAAAGGAGAUGUGGUGGUGAAGCUUCGAAUAUCGAAUUCCGUUGGAGCCUAGGGAGGCUACUGAAAUAAAGAUAAUAAACGUAUUCACAUUAUUUCACAUUGAGGUUUGUGCUGGCUAGUAGUGACUUAGUAGUGGCUAGUACAAGUGAGCCAAGAGCGUCUCAAUGCGUCUCACCAGACUCUUCCAGAGCUCAGCUCAUUCGAUGCAACGAAGCAGGUCCAAAAUGACAGGUGACUCC